UGCCGAAGACCAUGCCGUUUGGCAUUGACCCACUGGCGCUACGCUAGUAUGCAACUCUUCUUCGAGCUUAACCCGUCUCGCCGCUUUCGGUGGUUUUCAUAAUCGCAAUAGGAACAAGGAGAAACAUCGAACAAGAGAAAUGUCAACUCUAAUCACGAUAGGGGAAGAACAACGACAACCUCUUCUUCUCGAUCCUUCCCCCGACGGAAACGAAGAAGAGAUCGCCGCUUCCUCAUCAUCCAACGAACCAGAUGCCCCUAAACCUACUCUCGACGACUCUAAUCAACGGCUCCUGUCUCUCGACGUAUUCCGUGGCCUCACCGUCGCGUUGAUGAUUUUGGUUGAUGAUGCUGGAGGGGCUUUUCCAUCUAUCAAUCAUGCUCCAUGGUUUGGUGUGACGAUCGCCGAUUUCGUGAUGCCCUUUUUUCUUUUUGGUGUUGGGGUCUCCAUUAGCCUUGUAUUUAAGAAAUCCUCUAGCAGAACAUUGGCUACAAAGAAAGUUAUAUUGAGGACGAUCAAACUUUUCCUUCUGGGGUUGUUUCUACAAGGUGGGUAUUUUCAUGGGCGUAACAAUUUAACAUAUGGAGUUGAUGUGGUCAAGAUACGAUGGCUAGGUGUACUACAGAGGAUAUCAAUUGGAUAUCUGCUGGCUUCAAUAUCAGAAAUCUGGCUUGUUUACAACGUUGUGGUUGACUGUCCAACAGCAUUUGUUAGGAAAUACCAUGUUCAGUGGAUUGUUGCUACCCUACUAUUAUCAUUUUACAUGUGCUUGCUCUAUGGCCUUUAUGUUCCAAACUGGGAAUUUCAAUCUCCAAGCCUGAAUCUGUCGACUAAUGGAUCCCAUACUCAAAUUGUACACUGUGGAGUCAGGGGGAGUCUUGAACCUCCAUGCAAUGCAGUUGGCUACAUCGAUCGGUAUUUUAUGGGUGAACAGCAUCUAUAUCAACGGCCUGUUUAUAGAAGAACAAAGGAAUGCAGUGUCAAUUCUCCUGACUAUGGGCCUCUGCCACCAGAUUCACCUGAAUGGUGCCUUGCACCCUUUGACCCUGAGGGCAUCUUAAGUUCAUUAAUGGCUGUCCUCACUUGUUUUGUGGGAUUGCAUUUUGGACAUGUACUUCUGCAUUAUAAGGGACAAAUGCAGAGAGCACUUUUAUGGUCCAUGUCUUCCUUUCCAUUACUAAUUUUAGGAUUUGGAUUAGAGAUGCUAGGUGUAACAGGCAUUCCUCUCUCCAAACCACUGUACACGUUGAGCUAUAUGUGCAUCACUGCUGGAGCAUCAGGCUUGUUCUUAACCAUUAUCUUCUACAUAGUAGAUGUCAAACAUUUUAGAAAGCCUGUGGUGUUAUUUCAGUGGAUGGGAAUGAAUGCUCUUAUCAUAUAUGCUUUGGCUGCUUGUGACAUUUUCCCAGCAGCUGUGCAAGGUUUCUAUUGGCGUUCACCGGAAAAUAACUUGGUUGAUGGUAUGGAAUCAUUGUUACAGGCCAUGCUUCAUUCAAGCAAGUGGGGUACCCUCGUAUUUGUAUUGCUCCAGAUCUUAUUUUGGUGUCUUGUUGCAGGUUUUCUCCACAUGAAAGGCAUAUAUAUAAAACUCUAGAAGAAUAAAAAAAAAAAGAAAAGAAAUACGGUACCAAAAAUUUUGAUAUUAGAUAUGUAUACAUUUUGCAUCACUUCUGAAAGGAUACACUGCCCUUGAAAAUCGAUUGUACAUAUUCGAAGCGUAACCUUUUGUUUUGGCAUUGUAAGAUUUCUAGCAGCCUGUCCCUGAUCUGUUCAAGUCUCAAAGGGCAGGCACGAACAGACAUUGAUCGGUCUACCCAAGUUUAGAAAGUUGAUAUGCAACCAAAUGGGAUUUAGCAGGGCUUGGUGUAGAGGGUUCUUUUGGUGGGAAGAGAGGAUGUUUUGUAACGAGUGAAUCAGAAUAGGCUAGAGGUGGAAGAGAGGAAGCUUAGAGCAGUCUUUUAAGUGUAAGUGCGUUGGUGACAGAUGGUGAGAGAUCAGAAAAGUGAAAGAAAUGAUGGAUUCGGGUGAAU